AUGGAAUCUGGCUCUGGUGGACUUCGCUAUUUUAGCGGAGAAGAGAGCGACCACCGCGAGUAUCGUCGGUGGAAGCAAUGGGUGCAGAACAAGAUGAGAACGAUGGACAAGCUGACAGAGGAAGCGAAGGGUUCCUUCAUCUGGACGCUUUUGUCCGGUCGUGCUUUAGAAGUGGUGGAGCACCUCCGAGAAGAAGAUUAUCAAGUCAAAGGCGGCGACAAGGUGUUGUUCGAUUUGCUUGACCGGCGUUGGCCGGAGCUGGACCGGACAGACGAGAUUGGAGAGAACAUUGCUGCUGUGUUCGCCCUCAAGGCGAAGGAAGGCGAAUCUCUUCGCCAGUGGUGCGCUCGCUCACGCGAGUGCUUCGACCGCUGUGCCCGGAAGACCGGGGUGAAGUUUCCAGAGGAGGCUCGUGGUUGGAUCCUCCUCAACUGCUCUGGGAUGUCUGAAGGUGAUCGUGCAGUUUGUUUGGCUCGGGCCCAAGGGGACCUGAAGUUUGACACUUUGUCUCAAGCAAUGCGUUCCUGCUUCCCUGAGUAUGUGGUGGCGAAGAAACGUUUCAAUGCCGCUCACCUCGUGGAAGACCCAGCUGUUGAGCCACAAGACCCAGUUGAGGAGUCGUUCAAGGACGUGGAGUUGUUCCUGACCGAACACGGCCUGGCUGGUGAGUAUGAGGGAGUUGAUCCCGUUGAUGGAGAUGAAUAUGAUGAAGAGGAAGCCGCUGAGAUUCUGGCUGCCACUUGGCGUGAACGCCGAGCUGAACUCAAUCAGGUGCAAAAAGGACGAAAGUUCCACUCUCAUGACAAAAGGGGGACAUCGUCGUCAGCUGCAUCUGGCAAGGAGUUUCGACGCUCCUUUCGAGUUCAAGUUGAGGAGCUCAAACAGCGCACUCGCUGUCGACGGUGCGGGAAGAUUGGACAUUGGCAGCGUGAAUGCAAGUCCCAAGGGGCUUCUACAUCCGGCUCAACCCCUGCAACCAGUCAUGCUGCAGGUACAGUGGAACAUGUGCAUGAGAUGCCGGAGCAUUUUGUAUGUACAGCUGCCUCCGUGAACUUGCCGUCUCACGAGGUCCUUCUGGUGAGCAGUCCGGGACACGCCGUCCUCGACAGUGGAUGUGGCAAAACCAUCAUCGGAGAAAAGACCCUUCAGGCCUUCGCAGAGAUUUGGGAAACUCACAAGCUGCCAUCGCCGCUGGAGAAGAAGGAACAGAAUCGUUUUCGCUUCGGUAACGGGGAGCAAGAGACAAGCUUCCGUGUGGUGGAGAUGCCGGUGUUCUUGGCCAAUCGGCCUGGCUUUGUGACGGCAGCGGUUGUGCGAGGCGAUGCCCCGCUCCUUUUGUCUCGGCCCGCGCUCAAGAAGUUGGGCGCCACAUUGGAUUUUGCUGGAGAUUCAUUGACAUUGUUUGAUGGCCAGUCGUCCCUUGCGCUGGAGACGAAUGCUGCUGGACAAUACACCGUCAACGUGUCGUGUUUUCCUGAGGAUGCUGCAGCCCUUUUUCCAAGCCGAGUCAAGCCGUCCGAGAAGCCUGAGCCACCACCGGCUGCAUGCCACUCGGUGCAGUUCGAUAAACCCCCUGUUGGGAAAAAGAAGGAUUUUUGGGAGUUUAGACCACAAGAGAGGCUCGUGAUCCGACAUCAUCUGAAGCCUAGGCGAGCCCUGUUUACUCCUCAUAUGUCUCAGUGCCCUGUCAGCCUCGAUUCGCUCGGUCCGACUCGUCUUACGAAGUUUGACGUUGUCACUCCGCACACCAGGGACCGUAGUGACUCUUGGAAAGAUUCGAUGGUCGCACACACCAUUGCAGGACAUGAGCCAUGGACGGGACAGACCAUUUUCAAGUUAAGUGAAUAUGCUAUCCCGCCAGCCUUCGAUGCUCUCGAGGAACAGCUGCAAGUGUCGCGCAUGUCCGCUCGACAACACCGACAACUGAUGGCGCAGGUAAGGGAUCAUUCGCCGUCUUCGAACGUCGGAUCGUGGGACGUGAUUGAGGUGUUUUCACCUCCUCGUUUUGCUUUAGAAGGGGCGAAACUGGGAUACCGAGUCCUGUCGGCCGAUUUGUGCACUGGUUGGGACUUCAGGAAGAAAGCUGAUCGAGACCGUUUGAAAGAAAGCCUGCAAUCAUCCAAACCUCGCCUGUUGGCCACUCGCUUGCUGGUGUCCCAUGCUGACAUGAGAUGCCUGAGCAGAGCCUGUCCUGGUCCCGAGCACAAGUGUCAUCAGACACAUCAACCUGUGGCGGGCCACUGGCCUGGAGUAGGUUCCGUAAGCAAACAUGCUGCCAAGUACACCCCGGCAUUUGUCAAGGCCGUACUGAGAACCAUGACUGAACUGCCGUCAGGAGUGUGUUUGGCAGUUCACGAGGAUGAUAUGCAUGUAGAAUGCCUGGCCUCCCGCGCCAUAGAGAAGCUUGAGCAAGAGAAUGAACAGAAGCUGCACGCCAGCCUUCGACAUCUCCAUGUGAACCUGGGUCACCCCACAAAUGCACAGAUGCUUCGAAUCCUCCGCCACGGUGGUGCGUCUGCGGGCGCUCUCGAAGCGGCUCGGAAAUUCAAGUGUGACCACUGUGAAGCUCACAAAGCUCCAAGGCUGCCUGUUCCUGCUCAACCUCAACGGAUCGUAGAGUUCAAUGCACUCGUAGGCAUAGAUGUUAAGUAUUUGCCCGGUUGGUCAGGAAAUCAGCGAAUCCCCACACUGAACAUCUUGGAUUAUGCUAGUUCAUUGCAAAUCAUGGUGCCGUUGUUCAAGAAAGAAACCGCACACAGCAUUCGUCAAGCCUUCCAAGAACGUAUCGGCACCAUCAUUUAUGGCUUUAUGAGUGAAGCUGACAAUGAAACCGGCCUGAGUCGCUCCAGCCUUGGCGUUGCCAAAUGCUGCAUCCGAGUGACACAUCAGUCCAAGGCCGAUGAAUGUGUCCGCCUGGUACGGCUGGCACGCAAGGCAGGAUGGUGGAAGUCCGUCUGGCAGCGGGUCGUGGAUUUGGACGACCUUGCCGAAGAUUUGUCAUGGGAGGCCGUGUCUCCUAAUGCCCUCGCUGGCUCGAUGACUGACGGCUCCAAGCGCCUCCGUGAUGAAGGCAGCGCGUCGAAGAUGGUGACCUAUGCGCCUGCCGGAUCUGGCCAUGAUGUCAUGAAGAAUGUUCCCAUGCCCUCGACAGGGUACCCUGUUGGAGCUCCGAGUCCUUCAGUGGCACUCCCAGAUGGAGUACCUACCGUGGAACGGUGGGGUCAGACCCUUGUGAGUUUCGGGAAAUUUAAAGAUGCCAAGACAUAUGCAGAGCUUUUCGACUCCACGGAUGCAUCCAUUGCGUCCUAUCGGAACUAUUGUGUGUCCCACUUCAAGAGUGGAUCUCCGGGUCUGAAAGACCUUGUUUCGUACUUCAAGGAGAUCCACGCGUCCUACGAGACCAAACGCCGUGAGGCCACGGAGGAGCUGCUGAACCUGGUGGUCGCGGCGAUGCGCAGUGUGAUCAUCCCCACUGAGGACUACAAGACCUUACAGCAAAUCUUUAUGAAUUGCUUCGCCUCCGUGGCUCCAGCGGAGAGAGAUCCUUUUCUUCGAUCCCCCAGCGCCUUAACCAUGAAGACCUUGCUGACGGAGGAGACCGUGAAAGUGCCCAAGGGCUGCAAGAUCACUGUGAAGUCCAAGAUUGUGGAGGUGACUGGAAAGCAUGGUAGCUUGAAGCGAGAUUUCAAGCAUUUGCCCAUUGAGCUCUUUCUGUCCAAUGGUGGCAAGAAGGUGGUGGCGCGGAUGUAUUUUGCCAAGAGCAAGCAGUGCUCCAUGCUGAAUACGGUGUGCAGCCACAUUGCCAACCUCUUCGAAGGUGUCACCAAGAAGUUCGAAUACAAGAUGCGCUUGGUCUAUGCCCACUUCCCCAUCAAUGUGAACAUCAUCAACGGUGGGAAGACCAUUGAGAUCCGGAACUUCUUGGGCGAGAAGGUGGUCAGAACUGUGCACAUGUUGCCGGGCACCCUUGUGGAGAAGAGCAGCUCCACCAAGGAUGAGAUCCAGGUGACCAGCACGGACAUCGAACUGGCGGGCCGUUCUGCGGCGUUGAUUCAUCAGUCCUGCCUUUGCAAGAAGAAGGAUAUCCGAAAGUUCUUGGACGGUAUUUAUGUCAGCUCGCAUGGUGUCAAGGAGGAUUGAGUCCGCAGUGGCGACGCACGAAAUUGGCAAUGGGGACGAAGAAAAAGGGGCAGCCGUGUGACUAGGCUUUUGGUGUAUCAGAUGUGCAAGAAAGUCAGGAGAGACUUGAUUGAAACGGAAGUAGACAGGUACGGUAUUGAUGGAGUCGGUCAAUAUCAUUAAUAGCCUGGGCCUAAGCCACCACCACCCAACGAACUGCACCAAGGCUGGAUGUAACUCACUCCAGAAACCAGGGUUGUUCGGUCUACGGUUUUAAUUUUGGAACCGUUGGUUAUAUACUAUUGAAUGGGUCCACUAGGUAAGACAUCAACGUUUUGUUCACCAGAUUCAAGGCACUGAAUAGCCCGAUGGACCGAUCCAUCCAAUGUAUGCCACAGCUGCGGAUAUGUUAAAUAGAUCAUGUCCUGCGCCAAGUCAAGUCAAUCAGCAUGUCAUGCACCACUCUAAGUCAGCCCAGCUUCCAAUGGAUCCACAACUCGUUGGAGGAUUCUUCUCAAAACGGAUGCCCUGAAUCAGGCCCUAACGGGUAAACAUCCGUGGGAUGCCGAUCCACACCUCAUGAGGUGGUAGGGGUGCACAGACCUUCCUGAGACCUGGCAUGUCACAUCUAGAGACCUCCGGGACCUGGGGUCCUGGCAAAGCUCGGCCUCGGAUGCCAGGUCAGCCGCAGCGCGCCAGCGGCUGAGGGUGCUUUUGGAUCUCCCCGAACAUCGAUGGAGACAACGAUCGUUGGUCGGGGGUGGCGCCAGGGGUUGCCGGUCUCGUCUUCGGCGCCGUGGGGGGAAACUCUGAACAGUUCCUGAAAGACCAUGGAUUUGUUCGAUUGCAUGUUGAAUUGAAUGUGCUUUUGGACAUCUUGGCGCGCAAGAGCUGCUGCCACUAUCC